AGCUGAUGCAGCUGCGCUCAGAUGCGAAUGGUACUCCACAAUGAGAGACAUUUCGAGUGAUAAUUAAUUCCCCCAAUACGAGGAUGAUCUCAAUGGUCAGACAAGUAGGUAAACUACGUCUUGGGCUGGAGUCGAGCGUUCGGACCAUGGCCUCACCUGCUUCGACCGCUGAACCAUCGCCAGACUUCAAUUGGAAAACCAGGACACCGUUUAAGAGGCUCAUGAUCAAGCCGCCGUCAAAUUAUCGUACCGUUUUCGCGCUCUUCGUGAAAGAAAAUCCCAUACUGGGAUUGAGCACCAAGAUUCAGACUAUCAGGCUUGGCAAAGCGUGGGGGACCCUCUCAGACGAGGAGAAACAAAUGUACAGAGAUCGCUUGCGAGAACACAAAGCGACGUUCGAUGAUCAAAUGAGAGAAUUCCUCAACAGCCUACCGGAAGAAGAUCAAUUCAAUCGUGUCAUGUAUAUGGCGUCCCGCGAGAGGUUCCUAGCGAAUCGGAAAGUCAGACACCUCGAAAAGGUUACCGGAAAGCCCAAAGCUGCAUUGAAUUGCUUCAAGAUGUUCGUCCUGGAGCACUACCGACAUGAGGAUGGGACGAAAAGGACGGAAGAUGAAUACGAGGAAAUUCUCGGCGCACCAAGCAUGGGCAGACAUGUGGUGGGAGCGCACAAAAUGGUGCUCCGAGCUCGCGAACUCGCCGUCAAAUGGAAAAAAAUGUCGAAAGCAGAGAAAGCUGUUUACGUCGAGAAACAUGAACGGAAGUCGAGAGAGCAGUCCGAAAAGCGCAUGGAAUGGUUGCAGUCGACACCCGAAGAUCAUCUAGAAGCAUUACGUUUGCUGAGAAUCACGAUACCACAACGACAAUCCAUUGUCGCGUCAAGCGGGCUACGAUGGCCCGUUGACCAAUCCCGCGUCGGAGAGGCUCAGACUCCGAUGAUCGAAAAAAAUCGUGAAUAA